AUGGUUAAUAAUGGGAGCAAAGCUGGAGUCUCAACAGGCCCACCACGUGAACUGAAUGUAUGGAAAUUUGUAGAGUCCAGAGCUUAUGAACUUGAGGGUCUUCACACUAUUGUUGCUCAACGUCUGGACCACAGUUUUCGGUCCCAAAGGAACAAGAGGAGGAGAACUACAGGACACGACAACCGGUUUGCAAAAAAGAAACCUAGGAAGAAAAGGAAAGUUGGCGAGGAUAAAACAGUUGAAACUGAUUUGGAGAGAACAGUUGAAAAGAAAGUUCCCCGUCGUGUUCGAAGGAACAUUGAACUCAAGAAAAACCCGUCUAGUGGAUUUGGUACUUCAACAGAUGGGACAAAGAGACUAAGAACUCAUGUUUGGCAUGCAAAGCGGUUCACGAUGAAAAAGAUUUGGGGAUUUUAUAUUCCUCUUGGUCUUCACGGCAGAGGAAGAGGCUCAAGAGCUCUACUGAAAAAAUUAAAACAUGGAUCACUCGUGCAUGAUGCGAGUUAUUAUGGAUCGAUACAGUUGGAGGGUCCUGAGGGCAAGUUGAUAUCAGUUAUUAAUUCAGUGUUGGUGCCUUCUCCAUCAGCAUGUUGUGAAGAAACUUCACAUGAUAUUCUUGCUGGCACCAUCUUUGGAUCUGCUAUGCUUCAUCAUGCUGGAAAAACGUGUUUCCCUCCUAUUGCUCCUGUGAUCUAUAUGUGGCGACCUCGGCAGGGAGUCUCUACCGACACAGAAAGGCUUAGAACAGAUGUUUCUGAUGGAGAGCAGAAAGUUUGUGAUGAGGCUAUCAUCCGCCAGCUCUUGGUGUGGGUACAUGCUGGUGCUUUUCAAGAAGCAUAUGAUUCUUUGAGCUCUGCCUGUGGGAGGCAUGCAGACAUGACCCCUUCAGUUCAUUGUGUUUCUCGUGAGGGCCAGCUUGCGAGAUUGGAAUUGGUAGGAUCAAAAGUAUUUGAACUGCUGCAGAAGACUCUGCUUCCUGCUAGCUGUAAAUGGUCUGAUGAGCAUGAGGAUCUUGGGGAAUCAGAAAAGACUUUAAUCUUUUAUAAUGGACAUCAGAAUUCAUCUACAUCAGUUGUUUCUGUUGUUGUGAAGGACCCUCGGUUGUUGACUAAGAAGGGAAAUGUUAUUGUUCCUGAAGAAAAACCUCUUGGCUUAUCAAGUAAUGGAGAUUUCCAAGUUAAAGAGCAAACCUGUUCAUCGGUGCCUGAGCAUGAAGCCGAAUUUGCAAUUCAAAACUGUGAUUUAUGGGAUGCGAGCAAAGGGGCAUGUCUCCCUAUGGAAGAAAGUGUUCUUUGUUUGAAAAAAUAUCAUAGUCGUAAGGAGUUUUUUCGCUUGGGUCAUCUAAGUUCUGAGCCUCAAUCUUCUGUUCCUGGAAAGUACUCGAGUGAGUGCCCUGUUUUGCUACUGAAACACGGUACCAGUGAAAAAUCAGUUACUAGGUAUUCCAUUAUUCUCCCUCUAAGUUGGGUCAAAGCAUUUUGGAUUGUUUUUGUGUCAAACGGUGCUCAUGCCAUAGGUUUAAGAGAGAAGCAAUGGGUUGCUUGCGAGCUUGGAUUGCCAUACUUUCCCUUGGACUAUCCUGAUUGCAAUGCGUAUUCAGAUUAUAUGGCAAUGGAGUCAAUCGAGAUUAACCAAAAAGCAAUGCUUCGUCCUCUUUCCAAAAGGCCAUUGGAAGUUCCAAUACCACCCCCCUGGAAUUGUUUGCACCUCACAUUCGAAAAAAUAUUAAAAAGUGAAGCUGAUAAUUCUCUUAGUCAACAAGCUGUCAGAACCUCUGCAUUUGAGGGUAUUAUAGCACGGACAUCUGGUGUACUGAGCAAAAUCCUGAAAAACAAUAGUGAUAAAAAAUUGUUUUGCUUCCCGAGGAAGCCCUCUCAGGAGAACUGCUUGUACAAGGUCAUGAGGGAAACAGAUUUCGUCAAACAAGACACUGUUGUAUCAGAAAAUAAGUGUGGGAAAACACCGUGUUAUGUUCGGGUUGUCUUGCGUGCUUACAAGGAAGGUGUUUUCGAACAAGGAGCAUUGGUAUGUGCACCCCUUCUGGCAGACAUCAUGAUGUGGAAAACCGGCUCAGAAAGUGAUUACCAGAGUCUUAAAAUACCCCAGUCUUCUUUGUGGUCAUACUUUAUGAAGUUGCCAUCUGGUGAAUGGGAACUUCAGAUACCUGAGGACCAAUCUCUCCAUAGGUGGCCCAUAGGAUUUGUUACAACUGGUUUUGUUCGGGGAAGCAAAAAGUCAACAGCCGUGGCUCUUUGUGAGGCAAGCAUGCUCUCUAUGCUUCGGGAGGAACAAUGGAAGGCAGUGUCUGUGAGGCAGAGGAAAGAAGAGAUAUAUGUCCUAGUCAGGAAUACAAGGUCCACUGCUUAUAGACUUGCUCUUGCUACCAUUGUUUUAGAACAACAGGAAGAAGACAUGGAAUUCAUGUGA